AUGUCGCACGCGUCUCCAUCAGUCACCGCACCCAUCUCGGGUCCGCAGUCCGCACGCGUCGGUCAACCACCGGCACCUUCGGCCUCCUUGGUCGCAAAGUACAGAGGCGCAACCGUCGAGGAUCUCCAAGUGCCUCCCGCCAUCUCGGUUCCUCGCUCCACCUCUAUUACCUCUGCUCUCCGUGUGGCGCUCGAUCAUGACUACUCGCAGCUCCCGCUCGUCAGUGAUAAGAACAGAAAGUUACUCGGAUACGUGCAGAAGGAUCGCCUAGAGGAGCAGGUCAAGGGCGGCAGCGGUGACAAGUCGGUGGCCACGAUCAUGACCAAGUUCUCCGGUGGCGCUUCUCCAUCUUCUUCUUCAGCGGGUGUUGCAGCCACGUAUACCGUCAUCACUCCGGACACGGGUCUGGCCGAGCUCGAAGUUUUCCUUCAGUCUCAACCUUUUGCCUUUAUCACCGACCCAGGCAGAGCCUUUGUUCUUGGCGUAGCUACGCAAGAGGACCUCUCCAAAUAUGUCUCGAGACGUGGCCUUGACGGUAUUCGAUCCGGUGCUGCCACUCCGACACAAGCUACCACAUCGACUACUGCUGCUACCGAAGUAGACAACGACGAGCCCAUGCCGUCUACCUCUGUUGGUGUUCCUGCUGGCCAGGCAUCCGCAUCCUCUUCAUCUGCUGCUGCUGCCACUGCUGCAGCCUCGUCAACGCAGGUCUCAACUCAACCCGUCCUGACGCGUCGCGAAGAGGAGGAAGCGAGAAAAGACCGCACGCUCGCCGAAUUUAUGCAGCUUCUCGACGGAUACACGCCUUUGAUACCCGACCAGGUUACCGACUUUUACCUUGAAAAGGUAGGCUUCGAAUGUCACGAUCCAAGACUGAAGAGGCUUCUAUCGUUGGCAGCUGAAAAGUUCGUCAGCGACAUUGCGGCAGAUGCUUUCCAGUACGCGCGCAUUCGAACCAACGCCGGCCCAGGAGGUCGUCCUCGUGGUCAGGUUGGUGCAGGCGCCGCGGGAGCCAGUGGCGCUGCGGCUGGUGGUGCAACAGGCGGUGCAGCUCCUGCCGGCGCAAGGGAUCGCUCCAGGACCGUGCUCACAAUGGACGAUCUGUCUGCCGCUCUUGGCGAGUAUGGCAUCAAUGCACGCCGGGCCGAAUAUUUCCGCUAG